UUGAAUGGGGCACUCCUCUUCACUUUUCCUCUCUGCCUUGUGGAGUCUGUGGAGACAGCUGGAAAGUGUGUGUGGAGUGGUUGUGUGGACAUGUCAUAGUUCACUCUGGGAGCUUAAUCAAGUGGGUGGAUGUGGUCAAGACUUAACAUUAUACCUAAGAUGAGGACCCAGUUUGGAGUUUUGUUUUUGUUGGCCUUGUGGGUGGCCUACUCUGAUGCUUGGUUUUGGUCCUGGACUGGUACUACAACUUUGCCACCAACAAUGGAGAAUGAGGGAUCUGGGAGCCCUGCAGGUAGUGGAGAACCACCAUCAGAGGAUAUUGCAAGGGUUGGAGCGGAGAUAAUUGAUGAGGGACAUGGAAUCCAAAAGGUUGUGCAGACUCGGGAUGAGACCACUCAGGCUCCUCAACUGACCACUACAACACAACCCAAGAAUGAACGUGUAUCAGAAAAGGCACCAGCAGGGAUUUCAUCACGCAUACAUAAACCUGAAGACAGUGGUGUCUCCCUGCUACAGCUGAUUGGGGAUCCUCCUCCAAGUGAGAUCACCCAGGUCUACGGGCCCGACAACAGCCCUGGCUAUGUCUUUGGUCCUGAUGCCAACACGGGUCAGCUUGCCCGUGCCCACCUGCCAAGCCCAUUCUACAGAGACUUCGCCCUCAUCUUCAACCUGAAACCCACUUCUGACAGGGGAGGUGUCAUCUUCUCCGUCACAGAUGCCUCACAGCAGAUUAUGUAUGUGGGUGUUAAACUGUCAGCCGUGGAGGGCGGCAGCCAAAAUGUCAUCCUGUACUACACAGAGCCCGACUCACAGCGCUCGUAUGAGGGAGCCAGGUUCCGUGUACCUUCCAUGAAGGAUACCUGGACUCGUUUUGCCAUCGCUGUGAGGGAUGAGAAGGUGAUGUUCUACCUCAACUGUGACAUCGACCCUCAGGUGAUGCGUAUUGAGAGGUCUCCUGAUGAAAUGGAGCUGGAGGCUGGUGCCGGGGUCUUCGUUGGGCAAGCCGGAGGAGCUGAUCCUGAAAAGUUUCUGGGGGUGAUCGGUGAGCUGAGGGUGGUGGGAGACCCCCGUGCUGCUGAGAGACACUGUGAAGAGGAUGAAGAUGACUCAGAUGUGGCUUCAGGGGAAGGAAGUGGAUAUAGGGAAACCAGACCCUCAAAUGAAGCCAAGGAGAAACCUAGAUGGACGACUACCCCUCCAUCUUCACGGCCCAUUCAGCAGCCACCACUGACCAGGAAAGAAGAGGUGUCAGUUACAAAAGAAACAGCAAGCGACUCCCAGCAUGUUUCAUUUUCUGUGGAGUCCAGGCCCGGACUUCCCGGGUCACCAGGGCCAGUUGGGGCUAAAGGAGAAAGGGGUGACCGAGGGGAUAGAGGAGAGAAAGGAGACAGGGGUCCUAUUGGGCCGAAGGGAGAAUCUGGUUCUGGCUCCAGCUCACGAGGUGGAGCCCGUGGAGAAAAGGGAGAACCAGGAGAAAAGGGAGCAAAGGGAAGUGCAGGCUUUGGCUACCAAGGAACGAAGGGAGAGCCCGGCCCUGCAGGGCCGCCCGGUCCUGCUGGGCCUCCAGGGCUUGCAAAUGAGUAUUCAGUCGGCAGUGAUGGAUCAGUUGCUUCCGGGGUCCCUGGACCACGAGGACCACCAGGUGCCCCAGGGCCCCAGGGACCAGCAGGAACUGAUGGAGAGCCAGGUGAUCCUGGUGAGGAUGGAAAAACUGGUCCUGAUGGACCACGAGGCUUCCCAGGAAUCCCAGGAGACCCUGGACUCAGAGGAGAGAAGGGAGAUCGUGGAGAUGGUCAGCCUGGUGCAAGGGGACCACCAGGACCACCAGGACCCCCAGGACCUGGACUCAGAUCUACUUUUAUGGACAUGGAAGGUUCAGGGUUUCCAGAUUUGGAAUCUAUUCGGGGACUGCCAGGCCUGCCAGGUCCUCCUGGCCCCCCUGGUCCUCCUGGUCCUUCUACUGCAGGCACAGGAUUUGCUUCUGGGGCAUUUGGACCACCAGGAAAGGAUGGAGCACCCGGUCAACCUGGCUUGCCUGGUUUGCCAGGUACUGAUGGAGUUCCAGGAGUUUCUGGUCCCAAAGGAGAAAAGGGUGACUCAGGCGAGUUGGGUCUUCCAGGAGCAGUUGGAGCGAAGGGAGCUCAAGGAGAACCUGGUUUAGCGGGACCUCCAGGAGAUACCGGACUGGCUGGUCUUCCUGGACCAAUGGGACCAGUUGGCCAACCUGGACCUCCUGGACCUCCUGGAUCAAGUUAUCGUGUUGGAUUUGAUGACAUGGAAAGCUCUGGUGGAGGUUUCAUCAACGGACUUCCUGGUGUCAGAGGACCAGAAGGAAGACAGGGUCCUCCUGGCUUGCCUGGACUACCGGGUAAACCUGGAUUCCCUGGUCUACCAGGGCCGAAGGGCAAUGACGGUUUUAUGGGAAGAGAUGGACAACCAGGGUUGGAUGGCUUCCCUGGACCUCAGGGACCAAAGGGUGACCAUGGUGACAAAGGAGAGAGGGGUGACCCAGGACGAGAUGGAAGCGGGCUCCCAGGUCCACCUGGCCCACCUGGCCCACCUGGACAAAUCAUCUACCAGACAUCUGGCAACUCGGAUGGUUCCAUCGGCAGUGUCGGGUCUGAGGGGGGACACGGUUUACCUGGUCAAGCUGGCUUUCCUGGUCCUAUUGGACCAAAGGGUGACAGAGGAGACCCCGGCCCUCCAGGCUACGCAGUGAAGGGUGAGAAAGGCGAGCCCGGGUUAAUAAUCGGACCUGAUGGAAAUCUUCUGACACUGGAAGGGCUAACAGGUGUGAAGGGAGACAGAGGACCAGCUGGACCAGUAGGACCCCCUGGUCAGUAUGGACCUACUGGAUUAAAGGGUGAAAUUGGAAUGCCUGGAAGACCUGGUCGCCCUGGUGUAAAUGGAUACAAGGGUGAGAAAGGAGAGCCGGGAGGUGGUUCUGGCUAUGGCUACCCAGGAGUCCCUGGACCACCUGGACCCCCUGGACCCCCUGGGCCAGCCGGUCCCUUCGAUCGCUUCAAUCGCUAUGAUGAUUCUUCAAGGAAUUACCCAGCAACUAAAGGUGAAAAAGGAGAUCGUGGUGAACAAGGAGUUCCAGGAAUCCCAGCCUCCAAUAUUGACUUUUUCACACUCAUGAAUGAACUGAAGGGAGAGCGUGGAGAAGCAGGUGUGAAGGGAGAAAAGGGAGAGGCUGGUGGUGGAUAUUAUGACCCACGUUUUGGAGGAGCACAAGGCCCAUCAGGGCCUCCUGGCAAACCAGGCCUGCCGGGUCCAAAGGGAGAUGCUGUAAUAGGCCCUCCUGGACCUCAGGGCCCACCAGGGACACCAGGCAUUGGUUAUGAUGGGCGUCAAGGUCCUCCGGGACCACCUGGACCUCCAGGACCACCCUCAUUUCCUGGAGCAUAUAGACCCAAUAACCCCGUCAGUGUCCCUGGACCUCCUGGUCCUCCUGGUCCACCUGGAACUCCUGGUCUCUCCGCUGGGGUUACAGUGUUGAGGUCAUAUGACACAAUGCUUGCUACUGCCAGACGACAGACAGAGGGCAGCCUCAUCUACAUCAUAGACAAAGCGGACCUCUAUUUGAGAGUACGCGAUGGACUGCGGCAAGUCAUGCUUGGAGAUUACAAUCCCUUCUUCAGAGAUCUGGAGAAUGAGGUUGCAGAAGUCCAGCCUCCACCUGUGAUCCUGUACCCACAGUCCCAGGACCAGUCCCAGAACAACGGAGCUGGCCAUUACUCCCAGGGUGGUUCUGCCGUAAGACCUAUUGAGCCUCCGCCACAGCCACCUGUAGACAGAUACCCUCCACGGUAUGAUCCCAUAUUCCCAGAUCCAAGAAACACAGGUCAGACAGAUGGAAGAUUAGCCACCCAUCAAACAGAGAACAGAUACCCCGUGACUCCGCAGCGUAGACCCCAUCCACCUGUACCGCAGCCUGGUGGUCAUGUGGAGGCAUCAGGAACAGGACUACAUCUCAUCGCCUUGAACACCCCUCAAACUGGUAACAUGCGAGGAAUACGCGGGGCAGACUUCCUGUGCUUCCAGCAGGCUCGUGCUGUAGGCCUGAAGGGGACCUUCAGAGCUUUCCUGUCCUCCAAGCUUCAAGACCUCUACACCAUCGUCCGCAGGACGGACAGGGACAGCCUCCCCAUCAUGAACCUCAAGGACCAAGUGUUGUUCAGCAGUUGGGAGUCAAUCUUCGGUGACGAAGCGAGCAAAAUGAGGCAGAAUGUACCGAUCUACUCCUUCGAUGGUAGAGAUAUCCUCAGGGACAGUGCAUGGCCAGAGAAAAUGGUCUGGCAUGGAUCAAGCAACAAAGGACACCGUCAAACAGACCACUACUGCGAAACAUGGCGGGCGGGUGACCGCGCUGUGACUGGUCUGGCAUCAUCACUACAGAGUGGCCACCUCCUGCAGCAAACCUCCAGUAGCUGCUCCGGUUCCUACAUCGUCCUCUGCAUUGAGAACGCCUUCACGUCACACUCCAAAAAAUAAAUCCCGUCCAUCCAUUUUUUUUAUUUUUUAUUUUGUUCUGGGCCCUUGCUACAAUUUUUAAUUCCCUGAUGACACGCCUUGUGAGUACGUGGCGUUCGAUGAACUGGCCCCUGUGGCUCUUUGCCUGGCAGAGACACUUUGCAUUGUCUGCUCCUCCCUUCCAUAAUCGCCAAAGAGAUGGGUCGAACAGAGGGGUGUUGGUCCUUUUUCUCGGGGGCAUUGGCACAUAUUUUCUCCAAGGGGUGAAAUCAGAGCGGAGAAGCUAAAGGUGUUCUCAUAUUGUAUCCAUUUUUUUUUUUUUAAAUUCUGUAUAUUACAUGUUUGUGAUUUUUAUUUUGUUUAUUUUUUGACGUUAUCAAUGUUUUACCUUUUGAACUGUUUAUAAUAAUGCUAUAUCCAUCCUGUUAUUGUUUUUGUUUUUUUUAACUUUAGGUAUUGAUCAUUUCCACAUUUUUUUUUUCCAAUUUCAUUUUAGAAUUGUGGGUUAUGACGGGGUACAGCAAACUUUUAAAGACUAUUUUAAAUUUAAAGAAGAUAAUAGAUAUUUAUUUUUAAAUGAAGUUAUGUAAGGACAAAAAAAAUGAUUUGGAGAAAAAAAAAAAAAGCUAAAUACCCUCAUUUAUAUUCUACACAACACAGACCAUUUAAUUCUUUUCAAUAGAGCUUCUGAUCAUAAACUGUGCCUUAUUACACAACCUGGACUGCUUUACAAAAUGAGCUCAUAUAGUGAACCACAUUUUUUUUGUAUGCCUUAUUCUACAAAUAUGUAAAUGUUACAGCAGUUCUUGCUCAAGUGCAUCCAGAUGCUCUUACUUCACACUAAAUUUAAAUGACCUUGUUGGACACAGACACUGCUAUAAUGAAUAAUCCCACAUUCAGAGGGCAAAAUUCCUUCUAGCGGAAAUUGAGUCCUUUAAAUCAAAUGAUGGUUUUCCCUCUUUCCACUUUAUAAAAACCUAUCAGUGAGUAAGCUGGAAGUGAUUAGUUUGCUGCUAAUCUGUUGGAGUGAUUGCUGUCAUGGGUGUUAGUGACAGGAAAACCAGUAUGUUAAGGAGACAGUUUUUGCAGUAGCCUUGCAUUGAAUUUCAGAGACUAACCGGGACCUUAGUGCUACCGAUGACAUUGACUGAACCUGUGGAUUUCCAUUUUUUACAAAUUGUGCUGUACUGUUUCUCCCAGGCACUGAAUAAAAGUCUUUUUCAACUAC